AUGCAAGGGGAUCACGAGCACUUGGAGGUCAAUGACGCCGGUACCUGGUCUCAACUAUCCGCUGCGCAUAGAGACCUAGUGCCAGGGCCGUCAUCACCAUCUGGCCAUUCAAAUUGUUACGCUUCAGUUCCAUAUCGAUUUCCCACAGCCAUUCAAUUACAAGGUCUAGAAGCCAUUCCGGACGCCUUAGUUGGCCGUGCUAGAUGGGACAAUCCUACAGUUAUUGAGGAACUGGACAUUCUUUUUGGCCCUGACGAGAAGAAGGCCCAACAGUUCAUUAGCAACUGGCGCCUAAAGGCCACACAAAUUGCCUUGGAUACCAUUGUCAAGUCUUACCAAAUUGAGAAAAGAGCCUUUGGUAAGACGAGUGUUGAUAGCGAGUACGAUAUGUACUAUAGUAAAAAUCUUGAAAAGUUCUGCGAUAAUCUCCAGGGCUCCCGCAAUGCUUGCUUGAACUGCUCAUGCGAUAAGAAGCAUUGCUGUGACUUUCCCAAAACAAUGGUUGAUCAGGUCCUCAAGUUGCAAUGUGCAUAUAUCAAAUGGACAACUACCACUAACACUAUCAUCAAGAACACUCACAAAGUGAGUGUUGUUGCUUUUGCUCAAGCCAUUAAUAAAGAGUUGAAAACUAUUCUUGCAAAUAUGUCAAAAGAGACUCCUUCUGUUAAUGACAAGUCAGACUUAGCUGCAUUAAACAGUAAAGUUGUUAAAGCCCGGCUAAAGGACCGAGUCAAGCGAGUACCGGAUGAAAUGGCCGCCAAGCGAGAAGACGAGUUAGCCAUUUGGCGGGAAUCCCAGAUCAAUUGGGAGAUCUCCUUCAUUAUGAGGGAGUGCUUUCAAUUAAACAACACCGUCAUCUGGGCCCCUGAUACUACCAACAACAUUAUGAACAGUGUCCUGGCGCACCUAGAAAACCUACAUGCCGCCAAUAUGCGUCGUGAACUGCCAACCAAAUUCAUAGGACGCCUGUCGACCCUUGAAAUACGCACUAAGUGCUAUACCAUGGAAGAACCGCUAGAGAUUGCUGAGGAAUCCGACUCCGAAGAAAUCGAACCUGAGGAUAGACAUCCGACUCAUACCGGCGUCACGCCCACCAAGAGGAAAAGAAACACAGGCGGGCGACGUCUCUUCAAUAUAAAGAAUACUCUUACUUAUACUGGCCCCAGCGAGGAGGAAGAUGUCUUCCCAUGUUCGGUGUGCGUUUAUUCCAUGUUCACUGAUCAUCUGGACAAAAAAGAGCCAUGCGUGUGGAAUGCAGAGAAAAACUCUUGCGAGCACUGUUUGGAUCGUGCCACCCGCAAAUGCCGCGAUGUUCAUGAGUCUGCAACCAACCUUGUACGGAAGUUGUUGCGUCUUCGUGAGAAAUACUUGGAUCUCACUGCCACAGACUCUCAUCAAGUGAUUCUCGCAAGAGAAAUGUGUGGCUUGGUACGCGAUUAUCAUGGUUUGGACUCUGGCGUUGCAAAGCAUCAGAAGGGUUCAGCCAAGAAGAUGUACACUUCACAUUGUCACGCCUUGUCCCCAGUUGCUGGUCCUUCCACAAAACAUCAUCAUUAUUCAACACCAUCACCUGGCAACAUCCUUAAAAUUUCUUCCAAUGCAGUCCCCAAUGAUGCUGCUCAAGAGCCUUUACAUUUCCUUACUCCCAUUUGUGCUGGAAUGUCGCAGAUCCAUGUUGAAGUGGGAAAUGUACAAGUGUCUAUCAAUCAGCUUGCUGCGCGUUUGGCUAGCGGAACAAAGGAGCUCCAUGGUACAGCUGAAACUGGUUUUGCCAACAUUGUGUCCACUAUUGAUGGUCUGACCGAUGCCGUUACUUCUGGUUUCCAGAGUGUUGUGGAUGUACUUCGCACAUCUCAUUGUCCUUCUGGCUCUGCGCCUGCUGUUUUACCUUCAUCUGUUGCUACACCGUCUGCUGCUGUGCCGUCAGUUAUGGUGCCAUCUGUGGUUGUGCCGCCUGUUCCUGCGUUUAUUUCAACAGAGCAACAAACUAUAGCACUAAAGACUGGUGCAUCUUCUUCUUAUAGUAUGACUUUGAUACAAACUGUUGUUUCUGUAAAGUCAAGCAGCCACAAGUCCUCAGCAGUCAAAAAUCUCAAUGAAAACAAGAAUACCAAUGACAAGAAUGCUGAAAAGAAUAAUGCUAACMAGAACAAUAUCAACAACAAGAAUAUUAACAACAAGAAUGCUAAUAAGAAGAAUGAUGAGAAGAGUGCUGAAAAUAAGAAUACUAAAAAGGCUGAUGCCAAUAUUACUUCUGAUAUUACGCCCACAAGAGCCAACCCCCAGAGCCGCACGGAAAGGCAAAACCCGCGCCGAACCACUGAGCGCAGAGCGCGUAGUGAAGGAUUCCAAAACUGGCUUUUUGGUUGGAGUGAUCUGUAA